GGCUUGCAAUGGUGUCUCCUCAAAGAUGAAGAAAUAGUUCCACGCAUCCGAGCUAUGGAGGGGCGCAGAGGGCGGCCACCAAAUCCAGAGAGGCAGCUCGCUAGACAGGAGUCAAGGAUGAAACGGCGAAAAGGACGCCCUCCAAACGUGGGAACCUCUGACUUUGUUGUCAACGACAAUGCCAAGCUGUUACGGAAGCUUCAGGCACAAGAAAUUGCCAGACAGGCCGCACAAAUCAAACUCCUGCGGAAGCUUCAAAAACAAGAGCAGGUCCGGGCAGCGAAAGAGGCGAAGAAACAGCAAGCCAUCAUGGCAGCAGAGGAGAAACGGAAGCAGAAGGAGCAAAUAAGGAUGAUGAAGCAACAGGAAAAAAUAAAGAGAACUGAGCAGAUCCGAAUGGAAAAAGAACUCCGUGCCCAACAAAUUCUAGAGGCUAAAAAGAAAAGGAAAGAAGACGCAGCAAAUGCCAAAAUUUUGGAAGCCGAAAAACGAAUAAAGGAGAAGGAAAUGAGACGGCAACAGGCAGUUCUUCUGAAACACCAGGAGUUGGAGAGGCAUAGACUAGAUAUGGAACGAGAGAGGAGGAGACAACACUUAAUGCUUCUGAAGGCUGUAGAGGCUCGUAAAAAGGCUGAGGAAAAGGAGCGUUUAAAGCAGGAAAAGCAAGAUGAGAAACGGCUGAAUAAAGAACGUAAACUGGAACAACGGCGGCUGGAACUGGAACUGGCCAAGGAGCUAAAGAAGCCAACAGAAGAUAUGUGUUUAGCUGACCAAAAGCCUUUGCCAGAACUGCAACGUAUCCCAGGUUUGGUUCUUUCCGGUAGCACUUUCUCAAAUUGUCUCAUGGUGGUGCAGUUCUUACGUAACUUCGGGAAAGUUUUGGACUUCGAUGUGCAUGCUGAUGUCCCAUCUCUGAGUAUAUUUCAAGAAGGCUUAUUAAAUAUAGAGGAUAGCAUGGGAGAAGUACAAGACCUGUUGGUAAGGCUGCUGUCUGCAGCUGUUUGUGACCCGGGAGUCCCACCAGGCUAUAAGGCUAAAACUGCUCUUGGGGAACAUUUAAUGAAUAUUGGAUUAAAUCGCGACAAUGUAUCUGAGGUGCUCCAGAUCUAUAUGGAAGCGCAUUGUGGUCAGACCGAGCUCACUGAAAGUCUUAAAACCAAAUCAUUCCAAGCACACACGCCGGCUGAGAAAUCGUCCAUUUUUGCAUUUUUGGUUAACGAGCUUGCUUGUAGUAAAAGUGUGGUCAGUGAAAUUGAUAAAAAUUUAGACCACAUGUCCAAUCUACGGAGAGACAAAUGGAUGGUGGAAGGCAAGCUCCGCAAGCUUAGAAUAAUACAUGCUAAAAAGACCGGGAAGAGGGACUCCAUUGCUGGUGCUGAAGGAGGAGAGGAACACCAUUCAUUAGGGACUCCCACACCUGUCAGGAAACGUAGGCGGAAGGGUGCAGACAGUGACGAUGACGAGGAUGAUGAUGAUGAUACUGAUGAUCCUGCAGAGGAAGAGGAUGAGGACGAUGAAGAUAAAAAGGGGAAAAAAUCUCAAAGUUGUGAUGAUGAGGAUGAUGGGGAUCAGACAGCUACCGUAGAGGAAAUAGAGAAACAGAUUGAGAAACUGCUAAAGCAACAAAACCAGUACAGGAAGAAGUUAUUUGAAUCCUCCCAUUCCUUGCGUUCUAUGAUGUUUGGCCAGGACCGCUACCGACGUAGAUACUGGAUUCUUCCGCAGUGUGGUGGUAUAUUUGUGGAGGGCAUGGAGAGUGGUGAAGGUCCAGAAGAAAUGGCCAAAGAAAGAGAGAGGCAGCGGAAAGGGGAGACGACACAGAUAAAAGAAGAGAUGUUUGAAAGCUGUGAUAAGAAACCCAACUGCUUGAACUCCAGUAUCGGGGACCAGAGAUGUCCCAAGGAUAAAGACAGCACCAAUUUGUUCCUCCAAAAACCUGGAUCCUUCUCAAAACUGAGCAAACUGCUAGAAGUAGCCAAAAUGCCACCCGAUAUGGACCUCGUAACUCCCAAAAGAAGUGUUUCACCAAAUGGCUGCUUCACACCUCACCAUAGUACUGCCAGGAGCACCCCCAACUCGCAGGCCAGCACUUCCCAAUGCAAUCCUGAAAAGACAGACUUCAAUCCAUUUAGUCCUGUCAUCAUUGGGUCUGGAAAGUUUAACAAUUCACAAAUAAUCCUUAAUGAACAGCUGCUAAAGACUCUUACUGACAGGAGCAGGCAAUGGUUCAGCCUCCUUCCCCGGUCACCGUGUGACAGCACAUCAAUAACUCACAUAGACUCUCCCACGUCUCUAGCGUCUACUAGCCAGUCGCAGCAUCACUCCCUGUCUCCUUCACCUGUGCCAUCCCCAGUCAUGAACUCCUCUUCUGUACAGAACACAAUGGCAGUCAACCCAUUCACACCGUCCCCAGUUCAGAUGAAGUCUGGUUUACCUGUGAUGGGACUUCAGUUCUGUGGGUGGCCUUCAACUGUCCUGCCAGGAAAUCUUCCAUUUUCUUCCCCGAUUCCGGGCCUUGGGAUUGGAUUAUCUGAAGGGAACAGUCAGGCUUUCCUUACCCCAAAUGCUCAGACAAGCAAAAGUGAAUCCCCUGCGACACACAGUGACAAAUUAGUCUGCACCCCGUCUCCUGCUGUUGAAUUGCCAAAACAGGUGGAUUUUCCUAGCCCGCAGCCAAUACCAGAAGAAAUGCAGUAUGGCUGGUGGAGAAUCACAGAUCUGGAAGAUCUGAAAUCUUUACUGAAAGUACUUCAUCUUCGAGGAAUAAGGGAGAAGUCUCUGCAGAAACAAAUUCAGAAGCACUUUGACUUCAUCACUCAAGCCUGUGUGAAAAAUAAAGAACCCCUCAUACUCCUGAAAGGACAUGAGCACUGCGAGCUGACACAAGACUUGGUGGAGAACUGGUGUGUGGAAGAUCAGGAAAUGGAGGUUGAUAUUGCCAUUCUUCAGCAGGUGGAAGAGCUGGAGAGGAGAGUGGCCUCUGCUAGUUUACAAGUAAAGGGCUGGCUGUGUCCGGAGCCUGCCUCCGAGAGGGAAGACUUGGUUUAUCAUGAACAUAAGUCAGUAACUAAAUGGCAUAUGGAACAUGAUGGAGACCACACAACAGAUGAAGGAAGCAAUUCAUAUGCUCUAGAACGGAAGAGCGACAACCCUCUAGAUAUAGCCGUAACCAGGCUGACUGACUUGGAGAGGAACAUUGAGAGAAGGUAUCUGAAGAGCCCCUUAAGUACCACCAUUCAGAUCAAACUGGAUAAUGUGGGCACAGUUACUGUCCCUGCUCCUGCACCAUCUAUUAGUGGUGAUGGUGACGGGACAGAGGAUGACAUUGCCCCAGGUCUGAAGGUCUGGAGGAAAGCCCUCUCAGAGGUCAGCAGCGCGGCCCAACUGUCACUCUGCAUCCAGCAGCUGCAGAAAUCUAUUGCAUGGGAGAAGUCUAUCAUGAAAGUUUACUGCCAAAUAUGCCGCAAAGGAGAUAACGAAGAAUUGCUGCUGUUGUGUGACGGAUGUGAUAAAGGAUGUCACACUUACUGUCAUAGGCCCAAAAUCACAGCUAUACCAGAGGGUGACUGGUUCUGUCCUGCCUGCAUCGCUAAGGCAAGUGGAAAUACGUUAAAAAUUAAGAAGGCAAAUCUGAAAGGGAAAAAAGGUUCUGAGGCAAAAAAAGGAAAGAAGAUAUCUGGGGAUGCAGAAGAUGAGAAUGCUGUAGCAACCGGAGCCUCUGGUAAAAAAGGGAGUAAGGACUCCAAGAAGAGAAAAAUGGAGGAAAAUAGCUUUAGUCCUGCAAAACAAGAGAGCUCGCCCGCAUCCAAAAAAUCAAAACCUGCCACCAAGGAUGACCCUAAGGAUCUGUCCCUUUGCAGUGCAAUUUUGUCCGAAAUGGAGUCCCACGAGGACGCCUGGCCAUUUCUGCUGCCUGUUAACUUGAAACUUGUUCCUGGAUACAGAAAGGUCAUCAAGAAACCAAUGGACUUUGCAACAAUCCGAGAAAAGAUGAGCUGUGGACAGUAUUCCAGCUUUGAAGCUUUUGCUAUGGACAUGAGACUUGUUUUCAACAACUGUGAAACAUUUAAUGAAGACGACUCUGAAAUUGGUCGAGCUGGACACAAAAUGAGGAUACAUUUUGAAAAACGAUGGACAGAAAUUUUAAACAUGAGCUGAAACCAUUCUAUGUUACUCUAGCCUAAAGGUUGGAUAAGAAGACCAGCAAUGUGAAUGAUAUAUACACACACAUAUAACAAAAGUAAAAUUUACUACAAACUGAGGCGUUAUUAUAAAAAAAACCACUCCUACCAGAAACAUACUUGUCUUUUUUUCUAUUAUUAUUAUUAUUAUUCUGUUGGGCUGUGCGUUUAAUCAGUUACUACUGUAUUGUAGUACAAGGACGUGCACCCAAAGAAUCUUCAUAAAUAAAUAAAAUUCAUAAAAAUGUAAAAAAGGGUGUUAUAGUGCAAUAGUUAUUAAAUUGUAUCAAAACGCACUGAUUCUUCAACCACCAGAGCUGUACUGAGGAAAUGGAUUUCCAUUUCCGUUCAAUAAAUAUCUAUUUUAUUGUUUAAUAUUAUUUUCUUUAUUUUUUUAUUACUUUGUAGCUUACUGUUAGUGAAUGUAUUUAAUUUUAUGAAUUAUUUAUGAUUAAACAGCGGACAGAAUCUUCGUUUUCUGUGAAAAGGAAGACUAGUAAAAAAACAAAACGUUGCUUUAAAUCUUGAAAAUAGAACGAGAAUGUUAAAAAAAUAAAAUAAUAAAAAUAAACAAACCAACAAGCCAAGUACAACUGUUUACACAGACGUGCUAAAUCAGCACUGAGAUGGAACUGUAAAGUUACAAGUACAUUUAUAUAAAUAUAUGUUGCUGCAUCACUUAUAUAGUUACGUUGUAUUUCAAAAUGGUGAAUAAAAGCUGAGAAUUAUGUAUAUACUGUUCACUAUUGUUUAAAUCUGUAUGAAGUGUACAUAUUGUUUGCAGGCAUUGGUUAUGAUGUCUGUUUUAGAAGGACUGUAGCAUUUUAUUUUAGUCAGGUGAAUAUUACAACUUAUAGCUUGUACAGUAUCCUCUAUGAACACUGUGGAGUCUCCCCAUUAUUGGUAGUGCCUGCCUUUAAAACAGGGUGUAGGGGAUAUGUUUAUUAUUUGAUUAUUUAAAAUAAAACAUUUUGUUUCAUUUUUUUCUAUUUUUCUUUUUCAUUUUUUUUUCUAUUUUUGUUAUAUGAUUUGAAGCCAAGUAGGCCUAAAAACAAAGUAUAAUCAUUUGUAUCCAUGUGAAAUUGAACGUGUGACAAAUUUCCUACACACAGUAUUUUUUCAUAGCUGCAUUUCCCUUAAUUUGCCUGGCCACAGGACGGAGAAUAAAAUCUAUAUACAACAAACAGGCAUUUGUAACCACUGUGUUUGCUCUGCUGUGUGGUAUGGCGGGCUGUUGGAGAAGAUCAGACAUUUUUUGUACCAAUUGUACUUGAAGUUGUUUUAUUUAAAACAAAAAUGUUGUGAAAAGGGUAGUUUUUUUCACUAGUUUGUGUGGCACGGAUACAAUAAAAGACUGUUUUGCAAUA